AUAAAUAAAAACUUCAAGUGCUAGAUAUUGACGUGGCACCUCCGUUAGCUUUCAAUCGAUCGUUACAUUACAUAAUCUUUUGAAAACUUUUUUUUUUUUUUCCUGAUGUGGAUCUUUUUGAUCAAAGCGUGGCGCAGACAUUAAAGAUGGAAGAAGCCGGCAGCGAUCGAACAGGGUGCGAGCGGCUCCAGAAGGCGUUAUGCGAAUGCCAUCAACGAUUCGGACCAGGUGCGAUACGGGACACGGCCUGUCGGCACUUGAACCGAGCCCUAGCGGAGUGCUUGGUGGCGGUGCUGUGCCCCGAAGAGACGGAGGCGGUUAGGACACUCUGCGCCAGCGGUGGAACCCGGCUGAAGCGGUCCCAGUGCCAACAGGCCCAGCUUUCACUCUCGGUCUGCAUUUCUUCUCUUCAGCAAGAUUGAUUUCCCCAUCUAGAAUUACCUUUUUACCCUCUGCUAAGUUUAUUAGUAUAUUUCUAUGUUGUGAAAGUUAAUAAUUAGAAUAUUUGUUUUUGACUUUUUUUGUAACAUUAUUUUUUGAAUCGA